GUUCUGUUCAGUGGUACCAACGUGACGAGCGUGAUGUGAGCCCACCAUGAGGAACGUGGUGACUUCCCUCCUAUUCUUGGCAUUGGUGACGAGUUCCUGUAAGUGUAAGGAUGACCAAGGACCUUUCUCAGUAUACUGCAAGACAUGGGAGGGUCUGUAUCAGUCUCUGUAUCAGUAUUGUCAGGGACUGUCUCGGUAUUUGAGUCCCUGGGCAGAAGACACUACCAGUAGCGGUAGCACCAGCAGCAGCAGCAGCAGUAGCAGUAGCAGUAGCAGCGAGGGGGAUACUACUGCAGAGGCUGUGGACAUGACCAGGCCCACUCCUUCUGCCAUCCCUAUCAAAAUGGUACAGUUGGCUAGCAGCCAGAAAUGACGUCACCAGCAGUGAAUUAAACUCUGAGUGAAUCAAUAUUUUAUUUAUUUUUAUUACAUUCAAGCAAACUUUAUCAAUACGAAUACUCUACCAGUCAAUAAACUUUUUAAUUUAAACGGAAAA